CCCACUCCUCGUCUUUCCGCAUCCAACUCAAUCUUUCAUUCCUUCCAAUACUUUUUUUUUUUUUCUCAACAAACCUUACUUAACUUUCUACUUUCAGUAUAUAUAGCCAAAAAAAAAUCAUGUGUGGGGGUGCAAUCCUCUUCGAUCUUAUUCCCCGUAACAAUAAUGGCGGCCGCCGUGUCUCCUCAGCUGAUCUCUGGCCUAGCUCGGCCGACUGUUGGCCCAAUUCUCCGGCCGUUAAGGGUACCGCCUCCAACUGCUCCGCCCAGAACGGCUGUCCAUCCCUUAAACGAUGCGAGCGUUGUACUGGUGAUGAGCGUCCAGAGAGGGCGAAGAAGAGGCAGAGGAAAAAUCUGUACAGGGGAAUCAGGCAGCGACCUUGGGGGAAAUGGGCGGCGGAGAUUCGGGAUCCGAGAAAGGGUGUGAGGGUGUGGCUGGGAACGUUCAAUACGGCGGAGGAAGCGGCGAGGGCGUACGACAGGGAAGCUCGGAAAAUCCGAGGAAAGAAAGCCAAAGUGAACUUCCCCAACGAGGAUUUCGAUGACUACAACCCGAGAUUCCAAAACGCCGGCACCAGUUUUCCUUACCCGGUCGACUCGUAUUACUACAGAGCCGAGCCCGCCAUGGGAUAUUCAGCUCAGAGCGAAGAAGCUUCCGGGUCGAUUUCAGGCUCAGAGAAUGGGUAUUAUUCAUGUUCCCAGAUUGGUAAUGAAGGAUCAUUCAUGAACCAGAUUAAGGAGGAAGGCGAAGAAGAAGAAGAAGAUAAGGUGGUUCACGUAGCAAACAAGGCAGAAGAAGAGAACCAAGUGCAGAAGCUGUCGGAGGAGCUAAUGGCCUAUGAAUCAUACAUGAAGUUCUACGAAAUACCUUACCUCGACGGCCAGUCAGCGGCGCCGCCGGAGCCAAUGGUCGGCGGUGGUUCAUUGGAGCUCUGGAGUUUCGAUGAUGUCAAUCCCAGCUGUGCCCAGUCUUAAAUCUCAAAUCAUCCAUUGUUCUCCCCAGGAAACUGUUUGUGUUCUUCAUUACGUACUUACGUUCCUUAAUUCCAUUUGUUCCAUAGUUUUCCAUCUUCAAACGUUGUCCAACAUUCGCUGUAAUUUUAUCCCGCAACGUAACCUCGGAAUUAUAUUUAAUUGUGUUCAUAA